GCGGGGCUCGGUUUCCAUGGUGACGUCUACACACACUGUCGGUUUCAAUCAGUUCACCUUCAGUAUCUUUUUUUUUCUUCAUGAGUAAAAUCGGAAAACACAAUUUUUUUAAUUGCUCACGAUUUGAAACAAAAUGCUGAAAUGCUGAAACACAAAUAAUGGAGCGAGAACCUGAAGCUGUGAGGAACCCAUGGCGAAUUUAAACGAGAAGGAGAUGAAGAAGAUGAAGAAGAGAAGAAAUAAAGAGAAAAACAAACCCACCCGUGAGGAGAAGAAAAGAGGACAUCCAAGCACACCUACUUUUUCUGAUGACUCAGGAAAACCCCAGACGCAGCAGUCAACCAACGUGGACGAGAGCAGUGACCUGUGUCAUGCCAAAGCACAGACUGCAGUAGAGGAAGCUUCGUGUACAGAUCAAGAGGGAGUAAACAGACAAAUACAGGAGAGCCUGAGGUGGGAUGGGGUUCUGGAUGAUCCUGUUGCUGAAGCAGAGCGCCUGGAGGUGUACAAAGCAAACCGGCGUAAACGCUACAUAGCAUUUAGACAGACACUGUUAGAAAAUGGCAGAGUUAAAACAGAUUCUGAGUCAAAUGGAAAUAAACUGUAUAAAACAUGCAACGUUUGUCCGGCGACCAUUGUGUAGAAACUGGUGUUGAUUUUGUUUGUGUUUUUUUUAUUUGUUUUUUUCAAAUUCAGCAGCAUGUAUGAGGUGGUAUCAAAA